UCAGCCUACAGAAAUUCAUUCGCGUAACGUCAUUAAUACGCACAUUCAAAGUCCGACAGGAUAUUAAUUACAGAUUCCUACUCUCAUGGGAGCAUGUAGCUAUUCCCAUGUUACAGUUUUUUUUCACAGAUGAGAAGAAGAAGAAGAAAAAGAGCCAGCCCUAAAUAUAACAUGAAUAAUCUACAAUACCCAUGUUGACUAAACUUGCAGGAACAGAAAAUAACAAAGAUUAAAGUCGACUAAAAGACUAAACAAUGCUGUAGAAUGGCGGUCUACCUUUAAAGCAGAUUUGCACCCGGCUGAGAGCUCCGCCGGGUCUGGUAUGGACCGGCAUUUAGUUGCAGGGUUUUUUUAGGGUUACUUGAGUAUGGAAAAGAAGGUUAAAGAAUAUGUAGCGGUGUUCUUUGUUUUCCUGGCUGUUAAAUUCACAGCUGUUUCGGCUGUCGGAUCAAUGAGUUCUCUGGCAGCUUCGUAUGGAGAAAAUGGGCGGACACUUUGCGGGCUGAACGCCGAUGGCUCACAUUUUGCUACUUGUUUCGGCAGCGAUGCAGCGAUUGUUUACGGUGCGCCUCUCAGAAAGGCGUUUACUGGCCUGACCGCCGGUGAUGGUUUUGUGUGUGGAUUGGAGGGUUCAGGGCAGCCGUAUUGCUGGGGAAACAAUGUGUAUGUGCAGAUGGGUGUGCCGCCCUCUGCCGCUUUGUAUGUUGAGAUCAGUGCAGGGGAUCAUCAUUUGUGUGCUUUGAGGAAAUGGGUGAAGGAUGAACCGGCUGUGGAUUGUUGGGGAUAUAAUAUGACCGGAUCGUAUUUGACAGGUGUGCGGUUGGAGUCUAUUACGGCCGGUAGUUUGUUUAAUUGUGGGCUUGUGAAGGGGAAUCGUAGUGCGGUUUGUUGGGGCGAUGAGACGGGCAGUGGGGUAAUUAGUAUGGUUCCCAAGGGUUUCAGAUUUCGAAGCUUGGCGGCUGGAGGGUAUCAUGUUUGUGGGCUUUUAAGGUCUGAGCCUCCGGGUAGGGCUGUUUGUUGGGGUCGGACUGAGCUGAGCUAUGGCUUUGAUCCGCCGGGGGCUCUGUUGAGUGAAAUUGUGGGUGGGAAGUUUCAUGCCUGUGGGAUUUUGGCGGCGAAUCGGCAUGUCAUUUGUUGGGGCCAGGCUUUGCCCGGAAUGAGCCCGGCGCCUGCGGGUGUGGAGUUUUUGGCCCUUGCGGCUGGGGAUUUUUUUACCUGCGGUGUGACGGGUUCUCUGCAGACGGUUUGUUGGGGGUUGAAUUAUCCAAGGAAUUCUCCUCUGGCAAUUGUGCCCGGGACUUGUAGGGCUGGGCCUUGUGAGAGUGGGAGUUAUGAGUAUGAGAAGAACCUUUGUUUGCCGCCUGCUAGAGUUUGUGUUUCGUGUAGUAAGGUUUGCCCUGAUGGGAUGUUUGAGUCCAAGGCUUGUGGACCCGCCGGUGAUCGGCAAUGCAGUUAUAAUUGUUCGGUCUGUGGGGAAGAAUCCGGGCAGGGGUGUGGUGAAGAAUGUGGGAAACAGUCUGGUGGGAAGAAGAAACGGGCAGCCCUUGGGACGCCGAUGAUUGUGGCGGAGAUGGCUAUAGCUGUUGUUGUGGGGGUUAUUUUGUCUGCGAUGGCGGUCGCUUGGAUCCGGUUCAGGAUGUCUAAGCCGGAUCUGCCGGAGGCAACUGUUAGCAUAAAAGCGUCGCCUGCACCAAACAAGAAGGCAACUGUAGCGCAGCACGAAUUCAAGAUCAAGCGGGCGCAGGUAUUCAAAUAUGAGGAGCUGGAGCGAGCGACAGGGGCCUUCAACAAGGAAAGCGAGGUAGGGCGGGGCAGCUACUCGGUGGUGUUUAAGGGCAUUCUAUCAGACAACCGGGUUGUGGCCGUGAAACGGGCGGUGGUGGCGGCUGAGCGCCACCGAACCGACUGCAACGAGUUCGAGCGUGAGGUGGACUUACUGUCACGGCUCAACCACGCCCACCUCUUGAACCUCCUGGGCUACUGCGAUCAGAAUGGCGAGCGCCUCCUGGUCUACGAAUUCAUGUCUCAUGGAACCCUACACGAGCACCUGCACGGCAAAACCAAGCCAAAACUCAGCUGGAUCCGCCGGGUCACCAUAGCCGUACAGGCCGCCCGGGGGCUAGAGUACUUGCACGGUUACGCUUGCCCGCCGGUUAUUCACCGCGACAUAAAGUCAUCCAACAUUCUGAUCGAUGAGGAUCACAAUGCCCGGGUGGCCGAUUUUGGCCUUUCUCUGCUCGGUCCGGCAGACAGCAGCUGCCCGCUCGACGAGCUCCCGGCGGGCACUUUGGGUUAUCUCGACCCAGAGUAUUACAGACUCCAUUACCUCACCACAAAAUCAGAUGUUUACAGCUUUGGCGUCUUGUUACUCGAAAUCCUCAGCGGGCGGAAGGCAAUUGACAUGAAGUAUGAAGAGGGUAGCGGCAAUAUAGUGGAAUGGGCCGUUCCGCUGAUCAAAUCAGGCCAAACGGGGCUCAUUUUGGACCCAGAUUUGGAGCCGCCUAUGAAUUACGAGGCCCUGUUUCGCAUUGCCAAGGUCGCAUACAAGUGCGUGAAAAUGCAGGGGAAAAAGCGGCCGUCCAUGGAUCGUGUCACGACGGAGCUCGAGCGAGCCCUGGCAUUGCUGAUGGGUACGCCCUGUGAUGAACAGCCCAUUCUGCCCACAGAGGUCGUUUUGGGCAGUAGCAGGUUGCAUAGAAAACCCUCUGGUGGAUCGCAGGAUUUGGAAGUGCGGGCGCCCUCCUGGAUUACUUUCCCCAGCGUUGCAUCUUCGCAGAGGAGAAAAUCCUCUGUUUCUGAGGACACCAAGAAUGAGCAACAGGAGCACGCCGGGUCACUGCGGCGGGUCGUUGAAGUGAAAGACCAGCAGGAGGACGCGGAGAUCUGCCCGGCUUCCCCACAGCAAAAUCUUUUCUUGCAGUGUAAUUUCUGAUUAUUGAACCUCCAUUUCCAGGCUAUUUCUCUGUUCAAAUAUUGUUUGCGUGGAUUUUGGAGAUGCAUUGGUUUAAAAUCUUGAUUAUUUUGGUCCAGAACAGAAUUUGUAAAAUCUGAUAGUACUGGGAUGCUGUGUUUCUAACCAUUGAAUUUCUAACUCACGGUCGGGUUGCGUCCAGAGUCCAGAGUGUCAUUUCCUUCCUGGAUUUUCAAAUUUUUUUCCGGGGCUGUUGAAUUUGUUUAUGGGCUUCAAGCUUUUUGGCAAUUAUAAUUUGUUACAGAAGUUUU